CGCAGUAGUUAGUCCGUAAGACCGGCUCAUUAAGGGCAUGAGUGGGACGGUCCGACAGAUCACCGUGGCCACUGAUCCAGGCACCCCCUACUUCCUGCGAGUGGACUGGGCUGUAGACCUGGGGGCUGGGUUCACCCUCGCUCUGACUGAUGGUAGCUCUGCGUGGAUUGGAGAAGUUUCAGAGGAUGAUGUGACAAGGGAAGCCAACGACAUGGGCGUCACCAGAGAAAGAUAUGUUAAAGAUCUUGUGCAGGCCCUAACAGGAGGUGAAGAAGGAAGAGGAGCAGGUGACAGGGAGGUGUUUACAUUCCACCUCACUCCUGAUCAUCUCUCAUAUCAAAAAAUCUGCAACAACAUCUCGUCACUUUUGACCAGGUGGAAUGAUUUCACACUGAGUCCCAGUUACACUUUAUCUAUCAAUAAUGAAUCAUUGUCAAUCAUUUCAUCAGAAGAGGUGCACUUGGGUUCGGUGCAGCUUCAGCCAGCUCCAGACCCCCUGGACCUGAACCGGGAGAUGAUUGGCCAGUCCCUGAAGCACAGCGCAGAUCUAGAGUCAGAAAACUGCCAACUAUUGGAGGAGAAUCACAGACUGAAACAGGAACACCAUCGAAUACUUAGAGAGCUGGAGCAGCGGGUUCAGGAUAAGGAGGCGAUGGAGAAGGAGUUGUACGCUCGUUUUGUCAUGGUCAUGAAUGACAAAAAGGCCAAGAUCAGAGCCCUGCAGGAUGCCAUCCGCAAUCUUCAACAGGCUGAUGAUCAGGAGACAGAUGUGCAUAUGACCCAAAGUGAAAAUGAUGCAACUCAGGAUGAAGAUGGCAGUCAGGACAGACGAGAGGACGCCGUUCAGAGCCUCCAUCCCUCUCAGGAACCGACUAUUCUCAUUACAGGUCGUGAUCUGGUGUGUCAUGGUGUCUCUCUGGACCACAGUUUUUCUGAUGAGGAAAACGAGCAACCAAGACGGAAGCAUCGAUUGCUUCAAGCUUCGAGCCCAGAAGAUUCUGAGCUGAAUUAAAAUCACAGGUAACCAGAGCAACCAAAGCAUCAACUUAUUUAAUAUCAUAGUUUAGCUGUUGCUCCAAGACAUUUUAUGGAACCCCGUCUCAACAGUUUAGAUCAUUUAAGUCAAGACAAACCCACAUUAUAUAUUGCAGAUUUCCAAUUAGCUCUUAAGGUAGUGUCAACAUGACACACAAUCCUUUUAGUGUUCUUUAGUUACAGGAUAAACUGUUCCAUGUGGCCUAAAGCAGAGUGAAAUAAUGUCAAACUUAGUGUUUUAUUGCCAUGUGAAAAGGGCAUCUUUUCUCUAAAAUCUCCAAAAAAUGGCUUUUUAGUCACUGCAUUGAGACAAACUUCUGACAAACCACCAAAGUCACAGAUGUGUGGUGCCCUACUUAAAAUCUACCCCUAUCCUUCCCUUUUCUCCUAUUAACAAAUGUUGAAUCAUCAAAACCCACAAAAUGCGUACGCUUUAAAAAAAAACACUCACUUCCCAGAAUUCAAGACUCUCAGUUCUGGCUCCGGCACAAAUGUGCACAGAGAAUUUUUGCUUUUUUCUUAAUUUGUGGGAUGAAUUAAAUCCUGGGGACAUAUUUGAGAUAUCUGUAAAAAAAAAAAAAAAAAAAAAAAAAAUUGCUUCCCAAAAGAACAACAAUCUUGCUUCAUAUUCAUUCGAUGGUGUUCAGGCCAGUUUGUUUUGGAUUUUGACUUUAAGAUGCAUUUCAUGGGUGUGAACAUAUUUAUAAAAUUCAGGAUUAAGAGCUGGGCUCACAAAUGAGUCUGAACAGAUUUAUCUCUGUUAUGUUAAUACUUGGUCUCUUCUGUUUAAAUAUGUGUCCAGCUGGUAACAUACACUGGAUGAAGGUCAUUUCACAUCCAACUGAUUUUCUUUCACUGACGUUAAUAACCAGUCUUCUUACUAUAAGAGUCAAUAAAUAGAUAUAUAAGUAAUUGAAUAAAUCAGCAAAAACAAUGUUAUUAUUCUUGGCAGUUCAUUACCUUCAUUACGUUGCCAAUAAUCACAGAUACUUUUAUGUUCUUAUUGUAUUGCCCCUACUUUCAAUCCAUUAAGCUCAUAAUUUCCUCACUUGGCUUAAAUUUCAGUGUUUGCUGGCAAAUUAACAACUCUGAAAAUUACUACAGUGUGUAGUGUUUCUUGGUUCCAGUAAAUCUGACAGCCAAUGCCCAUGAGCCCCAGUAAAAACACAAACCUUUUCAAGCUUUGUUCACUAAGCAUCACUUUGUGCAACUAUACUGACUGCUUUCCAAACUUAUACAUCAAAGCCGAAGUGUGCUUCAUAUUAAUACAAAGUAUACUUUACCCUGAGCUUUCAGUAUCCAAUGCGCAAAACACUCCAUUUUCCACCAUCUUUGCUUAUCUUUCUUUCUUGUUUCCUCCCUUUUCCUCAACAAAUAGAGACAGAAGGGGCUCAUCAUGAACAAGUCUUAGGCUUUGUGAUAAACAACUGUACAUGAUCCCUAUCCUAAGAGUGUCCUUCACCUUGUUCAACCCUCACGUUGACAUACACACAACCAAAACAAAGACACCCAGACAACAGUAAUCAUGGAGGUGUCCCCAAAUAUGAUGCCAGAUUUUGUCCCAGAUUGUGAAAGCAGUUAGCAGAAAUCCAAAGCACAUUAAUACCAUCUGGUUUUCUUUAACUGUGACAAUUACCUGCCACAGCUUUCUUCAGAGAAUUAUGAUUUUUCUCUCAUCACAAAUAAAAAAAAAACAAUGAUUAAUGACAGAAUCUUUUGCUGAGUGGUCCAAAGUGCGUGCUCCAGUGAGUGCUGCUGAGAGGACCUGGAUGAAAUGCGGUCACAUGAUAACAAGACACUCAACGCCCUCCGGUGCUUCCUCUGGUGUCGCCGCUAAUGACUUAGAGAACAUGGUAGAGAAUCUGAAAGGGAAGUAUGGAAGCAAUUUCUUGAGUCUGACUUCGCCCUGGGUUUGAAAUUGGCCGCGAAGCCCCUGAGUUUUGGAUCAGCUCGAGACCGAAGGAAGAGAAACAACUACUGAGGGACGACGGGCUACACCCAGAAAACAGGGUGUCACCACCAAGGAACCGAAGCUGCUUUGUUGCUGCUUAUUCAUCAUGUCUUGCUGAUGUUUUUCUCCCUCUUUUCAUUUUGAAAAUAAACUACACACCGUCUCUUUCAUUUCCACUUUCUAAACUAGUAUUUUGCCAACGAUAAUUUCACCUCCCCCUUUUUUCUUGUUUUCAUCUGCCCUUUUAUUCUGUAGAUGUUCUGUGGCCCAAACUACCUGAGGGGUGUUUUGCAGAGGGUUAAUAGGGUUGUGUUAAUUCUCACUGUCUACAUCUCUUCACCUCUUCCUUUACCUCUACCACCAACUUUAGGUCCCGAGGUCAUCACAGUGUGUGUCCACUCUGACUGUAAUGAACUUGUGGAGACCCACUGGAAUAAACUGUGGCUCUCUAUUUGACCAUUCCCCCUUUGACUUCUGCAUCUUCCUGCUGACUUUUAUGGUUCUGAUGAUACCUACAUGUCUGCUGAAGACGACGGGUGACCGCUGAGAUAAUCCCGCAACACGCGCUUAGUGCUUUUGUAAUCCCCACAGGAAUGUCACACUCUCUUCUACGCAUUCGAUUAUGAGACAUUUUCCACAAGAUCGUCUGUCUGUUGUAAUGUGCAACAGACGAUAAAGUGUGAAACGUCAAUCAAUAGUUUAAUGUUUCCUUUUUUGUUAUAUAUUUCUGAUUUGUGUUUGUGAUUUUUACAUGACAAACAUUCACAUUCCCACGGAUGUAAAAUAUGCAAAAGUCACUCCAGUCUAACUCUAAUAAAGAUUUUAUGUUGUCCCAUUUGCCCUCUUAGUAUUCUCUAAAUCACAGACCAUUGUCUGAGAUAUUAUGUAAAAUAAUCCUGAGGGCGGCUUAGAAUAUUUUAUCUAUGACAGUUCUGUUCUACAUAAUAGUGUGUGUGUGUAGAAUUAUGUAAUUUAGAGUGUAAAUCUACAUAAGGAUGAUGUGUAGAUUCAAGCCAGGGUCGACAAACUCAGUUUUUCCCAGAAUGAACCUGUUUAGUGUUGGUUUUAUUAUGAGUUUUUAUUUACAAAAGUUAAUCACUUUACUUUCCGCACUCUGUUUUAUCUGUUUAAUUCUUAUUUGUCAUGAUUUGGAGGUUGUUCUUCUGAUUUUCUUAAUGCUGGAAUGAAACAUGAAGUUACAACCCCGUGACCUUCGGACAAAGCUAAGUCUAGCUCAACAUGUAGAUGAAAGGGUUAACAUUAUUUGUGGGAGUGAUGAUGGCUGCGCUAGCCUGAAAUUAAACACUCAGUCACUUGCUUAUCAUCGUCAUUCACUUACUGUGUGCACCUGUAGGAUUCCCAUCGUCCCGGAAAAUCACAGCAGUCUUCCUGUUUCCCGCCUUAGAGUGGCGGUGAAACAGAGUCGCCUUUGUGUUUUGUAAUCUCUCACUGCUCAUUGAUUUAUUCUGUAUUGUCUGAGACAACUUACAGAAGCUGUUUAAGUACUGGGAAAACUUAUUUGCUGAAUUUGAUCAUCAAAUACUGAGUAAUGGUAAUAGUCUCUCGGAUCAUUUGGUUCGUGCUUCUAUUCCUCUGCUAUGUGAAUAAACCAUGUUUGGAUUUGCUAAAUUACUUGUAAUUAUGAUCAGCAGCACAAUAAAAUAUCUGUUUAAACUA